UGACGGAUGAAGGAUUUUUAGGUUGUGGACAGCAUAAUGGUCUGGACCUUGUUUUCUGAGUUUUACCAUUUCGAGCCAACAAUCUCACUUCCUAGACGGUCAUUGUUUCAAAAUGUUUGAAAUUUCUUACAAUCUGUACAAGUUUGGGCAGAGCUAGUUGGAGCUUUUCUGGUGCACCAUUUUGAACCACUCAGAAGCAUAUUAUCAUUUCUUUAUUGUGGAGUAGUUUGAAUUUGGUGGUAUAGAUUCUAUGUGGUCAUAUUUCAAAGAAGUAAGAUCCAGGUCUCUUGUUAAACAAUUUGGAUGGACAACCUUCAGUCAUGAUUUGCAAGCUUGAGAGACUUUUAUUUGUUAGGUGAUGUGCAUUUCGAAGUACUAAUGCCCAAGUGAUAAAGUGAGUUAUUCAAAAGAUCAUGCUUUGGUCUGGGCAUCCUAGGUUUUGAUGCCACUGUGCUCUUUCAUUUUUGUGGACAUGGAUUUCUUCCCUUUGAUGAAUGGGCCAAAAACAAAUCAGGUGAUGAUGUUACACCAGAUAUGUGGACUGGGAGACUAUUUUCGUGAUUAAGCAAUAGAUUUCUGACAAUCUGAAGCUCGACUUCUUCAACGUGUUCGUCCAAUCUAAGUAUAUAUGGGCUGAGGUGUACAUUUCAUGGGAGGUGUAGAGGAUGAUGAACCACCUUCAAAACGUGUGAGAAUAUCCUCUUGUAAAUUGGAAGGUCUUUCGAACGGUACAUCUCUUAGAGAGCCUGCUAGUGGUGCAUCGUGUGAUUUAAUGGCUCGGCCCCUAGCAUCUGAAGGGGACGAUGAAGUCGUUGGUCCAAAAGGAGUUGUUAGGAAAGUUGAAUUUGUUCGAAUCAUUGCUGAGGCAUUAUAUUCACUUGGAUACAAGAAGACUGGGGCACAUCUUGAGGAAGAGUCUGGGAUACCAUUGCAUUCAUCUGCUGUUAACUCAUUCAUGCAACAGGUUCUUGAAGGCAAAUGGGAUGAAAGUGUAGUUACAUUACAUAGAAUUGGUCUAGUGGAUGAAUCUAUUAUUAAGUUGGCAUCUUUUGUAAUCUUGGAGCAGAAAUUUUUUGAACUUCUAGAUGGAGAAAAUUUCAUGGAUGCUUUGAAGACAUUGAGAACUGAGAUUGCACCUCUUUGUGUAAACAGUGAUAGAGUUCGUGAGCUUUCUUCGUGCAUUGUUUCUCCAUCACACUGUGACCUUUUUCGAUUUUCUGGUAAAGAUACUAUAACGGUGAAGCCUAGGUCAAAGUUGUUGGAGGAAUUGCAAAGAUUGCUUCCACCAACAGUAAUGAUUCCUGAGAAAAGAUUGGUGCAUCUUGUUGAACAGGCUCUUGACCUACAGCGGGAUGCUUGCAAGUUCCACAACUCGUUCGUCGAGGAAAUGUCACUUCUUACUGACCACCAGUGUGGAAGAGACCAUAUUCCUUCUCAAACUUUACAGAUACUAAAUGAACACAGUGAUGAAGUGUGGUUUUUGCAGUUUUCCCACAAUGGGCAAUAUUUAGCCUCAUCGUCUAAUGAUCGCACAGUUAUCAUAUGGGAGGUAAAAGUGGAUGGUCGAGUCUCCUUGAAGCGUAAGCUAGCUGGUCACCAGAAACCUGUGUCCUUUAUAUCAUGGAGCCCUGAUGACCAUCAACUCCUAACUUGUGGAGUAGAAGAGGUGGUUAGACGAUGGGAUGCUUCGACCGGUGAAUGCCUCCAUACCUAUGAAAAAGGAGGUCUGGGUGUGGUGUCUUGUUCAUGGGCUCCAGAUGGCAGAACGGUCUUCACUGGACUGGCUGACAAGAGUCUUAUUAUGUGGGAUAUAGAUGGGAAGGAGCUAGAGUGUUGGAAGGGGCAGCGGACUAGUAAGAUGUCAGACUUGGGGAUAACAAGUGAUGGGAAACAGAUUGUCUCUGUUUGUAAAGAUACUUCGAUUUUAUUAUUUGGAUGGGAAUCCAAGGCUGAAAAAAUAAUUGAAGAGGAUCAAACUAUUAUUUCAUUUGCACUAUCCAGGGAUGGUAAAUCCCUACUAGUUAGUCUUCUGAAUGAAGAAAUCCAUCUGUGGAAUAUAGAGGGACAUGUGAGGCUCUUAGCCAAAUACAAAGGUCACAAGCGUUCUCGAUUUGUCAUAAGAUCCUGUUUUGGAGGCCUAGAGCAAGCAUUUGUUGCCAGUGGGAGCGAGGAUUCCCAGGUGUAUAUAUGGCAUAGAAGCUCUGGAGAGCUAGUUGUGACAUUGCCUGGACAUUCUGGCACGGUGAACUGUGUUAGCUGGAACCCCUCGAAUCCUCAUAUGCUGGCAUCAGCUAGUGAUGAUCGCACAAUACGCAUAUGGGGUUUAAAAGAGGUAAAAAUGAAGCAGAAUGGAGCCCAUACUAAUGGUGUUCACUACUGUAAUGGUGGAAGUUGAGGUCUGCAUCUGAAAAGCACAAUGUCUUGCAUUCUUACUAUCUCUCACUUUAGCCAUGCUUUUGUGUAAAUCCUUUUACUUUCAUGUUCAGCUGACAUUUAUAACAACAAGAAUGUAAAAUGUGCAUUCACGCUUCCAAUAAACUAUGUACUUCUUUUAUUUGAAUAUUUUGUUAGCCAUUUCUUA